AUGACUUCGAACGGCGACGGUAGCAAUGCAACUAAAUUGUCGGACACAAAUUCUGAAAUUUUAAAUCCAUUAGAACUCGAAAGUUCAUCCAAUUUUAUCACUGCAAUUAGUGUCAAUGAUAAUUAUUCUGAAGAAAGGCGUCCACAUACACCAUUAUCUUACCAAACAUUGCAGAAUGAGUUUAAUUUUGAUGAAAGUUCUGUAUCAACUAAGCAAGAACAAAUUUAUCACAAUUUUCAAACAAUUAAAACGAAUCCAUCAAAAAAUUCACCCUUUUCAUUGUCUAAUCUAUUAUCUCAUGAAUCUUUAAAUUUCUCCAUUCAAUCGACAAUUCCGCAUAAUAAUUCUACACCAAAUUUAUCAACUUCGCGAAUUACUCAUAGGACUUUAUCGAUGAGCUCUCGGAUAAAAAAUUUUAUUGGCAAUAGAGUGAAUGCUAUAAACGCUUAUGUAAAGACUUUAUUAGAUCUUAUUAGGAGGCGUAAACAGAAAGCUUUAAGUCGUCAAUUUUUAAUAAAUCCGGAUCGUAAGGAGCCUGUUUUAGAUAUUAUAACAAAUAUUCCUUACACAAAUAAUUCCAUUACUACAUCCCGAUAUACGUUUUAUAAUUUUCUCCCAAAACAACUUUACGCUCAAUUUUCUAAAGGUGCAAAUCUUUAUUUCUUAUUUAUGGCUGCUCUUCAGAUCGUACCAGAUUGGUCUCCUACAGGGCAAUUUACAACAAUAGUACCUCUUAGCAUCUUCAUUUCUCUAUCUAUGGCUCGUGAAGGUUUUGAUGAUUACCGAAGACAUAAGCAAGAUUUUACUGAAAAUAAUAAAGAGUGCGCUGUAUUUCAUAAAUGUGAUCCAGAUGGAUCAUGGAAAAAUGAGAAAUGGAAAGAUUUAAAAGUUGGUGAUUUAAUAUCAAUUAAAGCUCAAGAAUGGGUUCCUGCAGAU